GGCGAAGACUUCUUUGACUCCUGCGGUCAGUGACUCAUAUUCCGAUUGCUUUCGCUUUAUUUCCGCCGCCCUGUCCAUGCUGGCGACGGGCGAAUGGGGUUCGUCGAGGCGAAACUUGUCCUGAACAACGAUGAACUUCCUCCUUCUCCGUCGUUGCAUUCCUUGGACGUCGUGCUUGCAGAUGUAGCUAGGUUGGAGGUGGGGGAGAAGCCUGGAAACGGCGUCGAUGCCCCGGGGAUCGCAGUAGCUCAAGCAAAUGCUGGUGUGGAACCCGAUCCUGGGUCUCCCAAGAAAGGGGUGGAGGAGGCGGAGAAGGAGGUCCCGAUGCAGUUCCCUCAGAGAUCCGAGGCGCCCGAUUGCGCAUUUUAUAUGAAGACCGGGGCGUGUAAAUUUGGUUCUGCCUGCAAGUUCAAUCAUCCUCCAAAACGGAGGAAACCCAGGGUUAGAGCAAAGAAAGGCGCGGAAAAUGUUCAGCUUCCAAAGAAUGCUAAAGGAAAGCAAAAGGAAUGCCUUUUUAAAAAGGAUGACAAGGUAGAGAAACAAACUUCUUCCAGAAGGUUGCAGCAGGAAGAUUGCAAGUUUCAAAAGAAUGCUAUUGGAAAGCAAAUGCCUCCCUUUAAAAAAUUUGAGCAAUCUGAGGAAAAGGCUGACCAGAUGGAGAGACACUGGUUAAGGUCGGAACAAGAUGAUAGUAAGUUUCAAAACAAAGCUGUUGGAAAGCAAAUACCUCCCUUUAAAAAGGUUGUGCAAACUGAGAAAAAGGCUGAUGAGGUUGAGAAAAACUGUUCAACGUCAGGAAAAGAAGAUAGCAAGAUUCCAAAGAAUUUUAUUGGAAAGCAAAUGCCUCCCUUUAAGAAGUUUGUGCAAAUUGAGGAAAAGAUUCCAAAGAAUUUUAUUGGAAAGCAAAUACCUCUUAAGAAGUUUGUGCAAAUUGAGGAAAAGACUGAUGAGGUGGAGAAACAUUGUUCAAUGUCGGAACUAGAAGAUAGCAAGACUGACAAGGUGGAGAAACAUUGUUCAACAUCGGAACUAGAAGAUAGCAAGUUACAAAAGAAUGCUAUUAGAAAGCAAAAACGUCUCUUUAAGAAGUUUGAGCAAACUGAGAAAAAGACUGAUGAGGCGGAGAAACAAUGUUCAAUGUUGGAACAAGAAGAUAGGGAGUUUCAAAAGAAUGCUAUUGAAAAGCAAAUACCUCUUUUUAAAAGGUUUGAGCAAACUGAGAAAAAGUCUGACAAGGUGGAGAAACAAAGUUCAAGAUCAGAACAAGAAGAUAGCAAGGCUGAUGAGGUGGAGAAACAUUCAAGGUGGGAACAAGAAGAUAGCAAGGCUACUGAGAAAAUGAGUAAAGAAGCCAUUUCAGGAAACAUUGGAAUUGGAAUACCAGAAUGCAAGUUCUACAAAACAUCCGGCAAGUGCAAGUAUGGGAAAUCCUGCAAGUACACUCAUUCUCUGAAGAAAAUAGAAGUCGCUCCACUAGCAUUGAACUUCUUAGGUCUUCCUGUUAGACCAGGAGAGAAGGAAUGUCCAUACUAUAUUUGUACUGGUAAUUGCAAAUAUGCAGCGAAUUGUAAGUAUCAUCAUCCUGAACCUACUGUAGCAACCCUUGAACAAGGUGCUCUUCCUGCCUGUCAAAUUGGUGGAUCUGAGCAACAAAUUUCAUGUGGUGUGUCGUCACUCCCUGUGACACCUAGCCCAACUCAAGGGGCAUUUCAUUUCCUAAAUCCUUUAACAGCCGCAUCGUCGUCACUCCCUUUAACAGAAUGCAAUGGUUAUCAGCAGAUAGAUCCCAAGAGGCCCGGCGAGACAGAGUGUCAGUACCAUUCAAAGAUUUCUCAUCUAAAUGCCCAAGGCAACUGAUUUACGUUGGCGAAACAUGAUGCCAUAUAGCACAGCAAAGGAGUGAUAAGCUACGUCGAGGGAUGCCUGCUUUCCCUACUUAAUUGUAGACGAUGAAAGCUAAGAUUGAGUAUUGCCUCUCCUGCAGACUUUGUAGAACGAGUAUAAUAUUUGUGUAUAAAGUGAACAUAAUGUUCCUCUUAGAGUUGUAAAGUGAUCAAAUAAGAUGGGGCUUGAAAUUUUCUUAUUUUCCAGGAUUCUUUAACAGUUAGUUUAAA